UCUGGAAAUCGUACGUCGAUCGUGCUCGGCAACACAACCAGCAGCUCUGUGAGGCUGCACCGAGGCCCAACGGUGCUUUGGGGUGAAUGCUGAUGUCAGCAUCCGGAUAUCCUCGCAGUGACGACGCCAGCAGGUGGAUGUUAUAGUGCACGUGUUGCCGCAUUUACCAAACAUCGGCCGAAUUUAGCGAGAAGACAAGGAAAACACUCCGACCAGGAACAGUUAUUCCAAGGUGGCCACCGUGGCAUCACCCAUCGGUUUUGUGAACCGCAGCGUUGAAGCCUCUAGUUUGGCAUUUUUGGCCAGCGCCAUCUUCCAUAUUUAAAGGAGUAGUUGAACAAAUAUCUCUAAAGGAUUUCAUCAAAUUCCUUUUUAGACAUUCAAAUAAAUCCCCAAAAUGUCAACCCUCAGGCAUCGUCAAGGUCGCCAGGGAUUGAUUCUCCGGUCGCCGUGGACGUCGUCACAAAAUCUCAUGGCAAUCUGCUCGACAGUGGUUGAGAUAUUUCAGUGUGGACCGGCAGAGUCCCGCAAGCCGUGGGGAUAGAGGGGCCGAAAAGGACCGCAUGCAGUUUUGGCACGAGCAGUCCCGUCGCUACCACGCAGAGGUGCAGGAUUUCAAAAAGCUGACCGCCGAGACCGUGGACGGGCUGCGGAGCGAGCACGGCGCGCUGCUCAAAGACCUGGAAGGAGCCGCGCUUCGGGUGAACCGAGUGGAGCGGGAAAUGGACCACGUGGAGAGCCAGACUUCGCCGCGGGCCUGUGCGGUCGCGGCCGACAGGGUGGUGGAGCAGGGAGUCUGGGGGCCGGAGGAGCGCAGAGGAGGGGAAGAGGAGGACGACGGCUGGGAGGAGCUGCCCUCCAGAGUCUCCGACUGUGUGGAAAUAAUUUCUGCUAUCAGAUCAGUGAAGAUCCUGAAGAGAGUGGGCGGUCCCAAGGGGAUGUGGACCAGAGACCCCAGGUCAUCCCGGGUGUACCUCCUUAACGGCACAUCAGGAGACGUUGUCUACCAGUUCAACUCUGUCCGGGACUUGUCCCGCUCGCCAGGAGUCACUGGCGGCAGGCCGAUCAGGCUGCCCUUUGCCUGGAGCGGUGCCGGCGGCGCUGUUUAUAACGGCUAUUUGUACUACAUAAAACAGGAGGCCGAUGCCGACGUGCAGGUGGUCAAAUAUGACCUGCUCAGUGGCUCGGUGACAGAUAUCGCCAUGUUCCCCGCGGAAGGCCGCGCCGCCGUUUACAACCUCAACCCCGAGACCGUUGCGGACCUUGCGGUAGAUGACGAGGGCCUCUGGCUCCUGUACGCCGACGGCGAGCCGAACAUCCACCUCGCGAAGAUGGACCCUGCCACGCUCGACAUAGAGGAAAUCUGGGACACCCGGUGCCCGAGGGAGAACGCGGAGGCGGCCUUCGUGGUCUGCGGGACAGUCUACGUCGUUUACAACACCCGCCUGGCCAGCCGCUCCCGGGUCGAGUGUGUGUUUGAUGUCAACGGCGUGGCGGUGAGCGAGGAGGCUCCCCUGCUCUACUUCCCCCGGAGGUACGGGGCCCACGCCAGUCUGAAGUACAACCCAGAGGAGAAACAGCUCUACGGCUGGGACGAUGGCUACCAGAUCAUUUACAGGCUGACCAUGAAGAGGAAACUCCUGGUGUGACGGCAGGGAUGUGGUGUCCAAAAAAGAAAAUCAGGAAUACAAAACAGGAGCAGUGAAUUUGAACAUGCUUUCCAUCCCAUGGCCCCUAAGAUACCAAUCUCAUGUCUGCACGCUAAAUUUAAAGCCACCACAGUCAGUUGUGUAUCUGUAGCUUGACAUAAAAAUUUGGAACGGCUAACCUGGCUUCGCUUAAAGGUGACGAAAUCUGUCAGACAGCUGUUUUGGACCCUUUUUAUAUCUGCAAGGGCAAUAUUUCUUUACACUUUGUACGGAUUAAACAAGUGUGAGGUGGUAGAUUUUUCUUUCCAGUCUCUGCAGAGCUAAGCUAGCUGGCCGCAGUCGAUUGGCAUUAUAUCGAGUGCACAUAAAAGUGGUGACAAUCUUCUCAUCUAACUCGAUCGCCAGCAAAAAAAGUCAAACAUGUUUUCUUUAAACAGGCUAAGGUAAUAAUACCUCUGCCUCAUCAACUGGAGCGUUAGGACGUCGGGAUGACCUCAGCGCUAAUUGGCUUUUGUGACGUUGCGUCGCGCCAAUUUUUCCGCUCAAGUUCAAAUAUGUCAACUCUUGGAUUGAGUGAAGCGAAUGACGUGCGUAGCGAGUGAUGCGAAGUUAGCGUCUACUCUUUGCACGUGACCGUUUGGCGUGAACGCGGCAUACGAGGUCGCCUUAGAGAAGCAACAAAGUUAGCUUGAGUUAGCUUAGCGUUAGCUCAGUGUUAGUCAAGCGGUGACCCGACACAUUUGCGUUGAUCUACUUUGAGAGAAACAAGGUUCUGUUUUACCUCCUUUAUUAAAACUUGAUUAACUUUAUUUGAGUGCAAGUCAGAAAAAUCAUAAGUAAACGUUAGCAAAGUAGCUACAAAUGCUAACUGUACAUUAUUUGAGGCCCCCUUAUUUCUGUACUACUAUAUAUCUUAAAAUCUUAACUUUGCCUCAAUUUGCCUCACAGCAGUUUUCUCUUUCAUGGUACUUUUUUCCCCCCAUAAAGAUCACAGAUAACAUCACACAUUUUUGAAUAUAUAAAUAAAUUAGCCUUUUGAAAUAUUUAUUUAUUAAUUUUACCCUUUUUUAUUGUGUCAAAUAAAAAACAA